AUGUGCUAUGCUACCAUGGCAGUUGGCAUGGUGGAGUUAUGGUUAAGCAAGAGGUUGUGGGUUGAGCAAUACAAAAUAGAGGCUAUCUGUUUCAAAUCUUGGAAGUGUAUAAGAAGGGGUGGAAGAGAGGGCUAUUGGGGCCGGUGGUGGAGCCAGAGGGAGGAAACAGAGGGGUCCACGAUCCACGGUGAGCGUGCACCAAGACCGAGGCAUCUCACGCCACUUCAAAAUAAAACAACACAAACGGAAAAAACAGCUGCAACCUUUUACUGGGUUUUUUCCCGGGAAAAUAUUAACAGCUUCGCCAGCACUUCAUUCCCAGAUCGCGAAACCGGAAUCGGCAUGGACCGCUCCUCCGCCCGCCUCAAUGUUCCUCCGCCGGUCACCUCCGGAGGCUCCGCGGAGGCGACUCUCCGCCACGUGGACCGCCUCAUAAACUCCAACCACUACACGUCGCCUUCCAGGACAAUCUACUCCGACCGCUUCAUUCCCAGUAGAUCUGCCUCGAAAUUCGCGCUCUUCGACAUAGCCACGCUCCCCGAGGGCCGGGACGACAGCUCCAGCGCCUAUACCACGCUCCUCCGCACAGCCCUCUUCGGCCCCGACGCUGCCGGCCUUGCGCUACCGCUCACGCAGCAGAAAACGGCUUCCCUGACCAUGACGCUCCCCAGCCGGAAUAUUUUCCGGUACAAGACCGAAACGCGCCAGUCCAUGCACUCGCUCUCGCCGUUCAUGUGCGACGAUUCCGUGCCCGGAGUUAAUCACGGCCCGGUCAAGGCUCCCAGGAAGGUUCCGAGGUCGCCUUUUAAGGUUCUGGAUGCGCCUGCGCUACAAGAUGAUUUUUACCUGAAUCUAGUGGAUUGGUCUUCGCAUAAUGUGUUGGCUGUUGGUCUGGGUAACUGUGUUUAUCUCUGGAAUGCUUGUAGCAGCAAGGUUACUAAAUUAUGUGACUUGGGGAUUGAUGACCUCGUUUGUUCGGUAGGCUGGGCUCAACGUGGUACACACCUUGCUGUUGGAACUAGCAAUGGUAAAGUUCAGAUUUGGGAUGCAUCUCGUUGCAAGAAGAUAAGGUCUAUGGAGGGUCAUCGGUUACGUGUUGGAGCCUUAGCCUGGAGUUCAUCUCUUUUGUCUUCUGGUGGCAGGGAUAAGAAUAUUUAUCAAAGAGAUAUCCGUGCACAAGAAGAUUUUGUCAGUAAACUGUCAGGGCACAAAUCAGAGGUUUGUGGACUGAAGUGGUCUUAUGAUAACCGUGAGUUGGCAUCUGGAGGAAAUGACAACAGAUUGUUUGUUUGGAAUCAACACUCAACUCAACCUGUCCUGAAGUACUGUGAGCACACAGCAGCUGUCAAGGCUAUUGCAUGGUCUCCUCAUCUUCAUGGACUUCUUGCAUCUGGGGGAGGAACUGCAGAUCGAUGCAUACGAUUCUGGAAUACAACCACAAACUCACACUUAAGCUGCAUGGACACUGGAAGUCAGGUUUGCAAUCUUGUCUGGUCUAAAAAUGUCAAUGAACUAGUAAGCACACAUGGCUACUCCCAGAACCAGAUAAUUGUUUGGAGAUACCCCACCAUGUCAAAGUUGGCCACUCUUACUGGCCAUACAUACAGAGUUCUUUAUCUUGCCAUUUCUCCAGAUGGACAGACUAUUGUAACUGGAGCUGGAGAUGAAACACUUAGGUUCUGGAAUGUAUUCCCUUCCCCUAAAUCACAGAAUACUGACAGUGAAAUCGGAGCAUCAUCUCUUGGAAGAACCAUUAUUAGGUGA